CUCUCAUUGUCACUACACUCCCCACGGUCAGUGAACCAGUGAGCAGGCUCGGAUGUGGUCAUCAUUUGUUAUUUUGGAUCGAUAGAUCCGAUCUGUGCUGGAGGGUGUGGUUUGUAUCAGGACCGGAGAGGAACCAGAUAGCACCGGUACUUUGAUCCAGUUGGGAGUGAAGAAGACAUUGAUCCUGCAUCACCAACAACUCGACCCAGAUCACGCUUGAGUGACGUAAUGCACUCCUCAACCACAUCUGCCGCUCUGCUGUGCCUGGUGGCGGGGGCCAUGGCUGCCGUCCAGGACCCCAACAAAGUGUUUUUGGACAAGCAGCAGGCGAGCACAAUGAUUUCCCGUCAAAAGAGGAACGUCGCCGCCAACCCGGAUCAGUCUUCCAGCUUGGAGCAGGUUUGCAUGGAGAAGGUGUGCAACUACGAGGAGGCCAGAAAGAUCUUCCAGGACUCGUACAGAACGGACAUCUUCUGGGCUGUCUACAUUGACGGAGACCAGUGUGCAGAGAACCCAUGCAAGAAUGGAGCCAUGUGUUCGGACAGCGUGGGAGGCUACGACUGCGUCUGCAAGUCGGGUUUCACAGGGGUCCACUGCGAAGACGACCAGACUCUGUGCACCCUGGAAAAGAACAAAGGCUGCUCCCAGUUCUGUAAACCAGGCUACACGUCUUAUGAGUGCUCCUGCGCCCGCGGGUGGAAGCUCAGCAAUGACAGAAACAAGUGUGAGCCUGCAGUCAAGUACCCCUGUGGUAAGGUGAACAGUCUGAGACUCUGGGAUGACAGACUGUCCAACAACAUUCGCAGCAACUUUGAAGGACUCAGCUGUACUCCCACAGAGUGCCCCUGGCAGGCUCUUCUGGUUAGCUCAGAGUCUGCAGGUUUCUGCAGCGGAGUCAUUCUGAAGGAGAACAUGGUCUUGACUACAGCUCAGUGUGCCAACAAAUACAACUCCUUCCAGGUGGUUGUUGGCAAGCGAAGCACCAGCUAUGAAGCUGGAGAGCAGACGCUGUAUGUUAGUAUUUGUCGCAUCCAUCCAAGCUAUGUUGAGGGUCGCCCUGAAAAUGACCUGGCUAUUGUUGAGCUACGCGGCCGCAUCACCUUUAAGAAGGAGGUGACUGCUGCUUGUCUGCCAGAAAAAGACUUUGCAGAGAAUGUCCUGUUGACGGGAGAGUAUCCGGCCAUAGUCAGCGGCUGGAAAGAAACCAAAGAGGAACCUGCUUUCCAGGGCCCGCUCACCUUUAACCAACUGGCUUACAACAGACAGCCUCAGUGUCUCGAGACGUACCCCAACCUGAUGACCAAUAAACUGGGCUGCACCACUGCCCGGGCUAAUGCUGACUGCACCAUGAGCUCCGGCAGCCCCCUGCUCACCCUGUAUAGGGAGGUGUUCUUCCUCACUGGGGUGGUCAGCCUGCCACCAGGAGCCGACUGCAGCCAAGGCUACAUUUUCCAGAAAGUGUCGCGCCACGUAGGCUGGCUGAGGCAGAUCAUGGGUUCACGCUAGGUAGUGUAGUCAGGAAGAACAGGGCGGUUAUUGGAGAUGAAAUAUGAAUUAUAAUGCAUAAUGAAUUUAUAUACUUAAAACAGGGAAUCAGAUGAACAUUUUAAUUUAGUGCUUAAAGACAGACCUUUGUUUUUUUGUUUAAUAUUACCUCUUAGAGUAAAAACAAUAGCAACCAUAUAGUGUCAAUCUAGGCUAUUGCUUCCCGUGUCGCUGCCGAUGUCCUCAUUUAUCCACAAGGUGGCGCCUUUGUCACAUAAACAGAGGAGCACUUUCUCUAGCUUCUGUAUGUCUAACCAGAGGGUCUAAAAGCAGCAAGAAAAGCAAUGAAUUAUUCAGCAUGUGUUUUGUGAUGUGAAAAUACCUUUUACUAAUCUUAAUGUUAUGUUAUUUAUAACAUCUGACAUGUACCUUGUAACACUCAAGGUAAUCACUGUUCUAUGAAUGUAAUAAAUGUAAUAAACCCAAACAA